AUGUUUACGCUAGACCGUCUAGCAGACGCAGGGGCGUUGCAGGGCUGCUCUCCUGCUCCAGCAGCAGCAGCAGCAGCAGCAAACGCUGCAGCAAACCCUGCAGACACUCGAAACCCUGUUACCACCACUUCCUCGGUCCUCGCCCUCACUUACAAAGACGGCGUCAUUAUGGUCGCCGACACCACAGUUUCAUACGGACGGAUGGUGCGUUUCCGUGGGCAGCCGCGUUUUAUUUCUUUAAACAACAAAACCCUCAUUUGUACAUCUGGAGAAUACUCAGACCAUCAGUUUCUUGAGCGGCAGCUGCAGGCGCUUGUUGCAGAGGACGCCGUGCAUGCAGGCAGCAGCAGCAGCAGCAGCAGCAGCAGCACCGGGGAUGCGCUUCUUACCCCCAAAGCCGUAGCUAACUACACCGCUCGCACCCUCUACAAUAAGAGGUGCCGCUUCAAUCCAUACUGGCUUUCAGUUGUUGUUGCUGGGCAUAUGGGCGCUCCUAAAGGCAUUCACGAGCAGCAGCAGCAGCAGCAGCAGCAGCAGCAGCAGCAGCAGCAAGGGGAGGGGAAUGCAAAGGAAGGAAAUGAAAUGUAUUUGGGGGCCAUUGAUCUCCUUGGCACCUUCUUUGAAGAAAAAGUUGUCGCUACAGGUCUUGGACGGUACUUUGCCAUUACUUUGAUGAGAGAGAAACACCGCCCGGACAUGUCUGAGCAGGAGGCGCGGGAGCUGCUGGAGGAGUGCAUGCGGAUUUUGUUUUACAGAGACUGCGCAGCCUCAAAUGAGGUUCAAUUUGCUAAGGUAACGGCCUCAGGGGUUACAAUCGACGAACCCAAAAAGCUGAGCUCCAGAUGGGACUUUGAGGCGUACACGAAGAAAACAAUUGAUAUGGACUUGGCUGGCUGCUCGUGCCCGCAAGGGGCGUGCUGCUGUGAGCAACGGCAGCAGCAGCAGCGAGAGCAGCAACAGCAGCGAGAGCAGCAACAGCAGCUGCAGCAACAGCAGCAGGAGCGCUCGAACAGACACCGCCGCUCAGCAGAAUAUGCAAAGCGGCGCACACACUGCAGGUACGCGCUCCUGCAGCAGCAAAUGCAGCAGCAGCAAAUGCAGCAGCAGCAAAUGCAGCAGCAGCAAAUGCAGCAGCAGCAAAUGCAGCAGCAACAAAUGCAGCAGCAGCAAAUGCAGCAGCACCAUCAGCAGGAAGUGCAUCCGCAGCAGCAGCAAAAAUGCAGCAGCAAGUACAGCAGCACCAGCAGCAAGUGCAGCAGCAGCAGCAGCAGCAGCAGCAGCUGA